AUGUCUUCGCGAUCCGCUAGAACAAGGCAUACAGCAGCAGAUGCUGGAUGUUCCGAUGACGACAACUAUGGCAGGUACAAUCUUCGCAGGCGCACAUCACAGAGUAGCAGUGCUGUGCAGCUCUACUUCUCCUCAGAUGCUGUGCUGCAACCCUCUAGAAAAAAGAGAAGAAAAUCGAGUAAUAAUCCAGCACUACAACCACAAGGUCGGGUGGCUGCUAGAUACUUGCAGCAUGAGCUCCCAGAUGAGGUGAUGUUCUAUAUCUUCUCCUUCCUCAAAGAGCUGGACCUUUGUAACGCUGCCCAGGUUUGUCGCAGGUUCCGAUCCAUUGCCAGUGACCAUGAGUUGUGGAAGGUGCUCUAUGUUGAAGUAUUUGAAUAUGACAAUCCUUUGAUGAAUCCUGAGCCCCGCAUAUUCCAGUUUGUGUCCCCUGAGGAUGCCAGUUAUGAAAAUCCAUGGAAGGAGAGCUUUAAACAGUUGUACAGGGGGAUCCAUGUGUCCAGGGACAGUAUCCCCCAGUGUGAGACAUCCAAAGGCAAGCGCUUAAAGGGAAGAAAUUUGAUCAAAUUUGACACUAUAGAGUCUGCCUACAAUUUUGCUGACACAGAAGAGCUGGAAGAUGCUCUGAUCUUCAUACACUCAGGUGUUUAUCAUGGAGAAUUUUUGCUGAUUGAUUCUCCCAUUUCAAUGAUUGGUGCUGCACCAGGCAAUGUCAUGGACCAUGUGAUCAUUGAAAGGGAGACUGAGUCAACCAUGAUGUUUGUUGAGGGAGCCAAGAAAGCUUACCUUGGAUAUGUCACUCUGAAGUUUUCCCCUGACAGCUCCUCUACCAUUCCUCAUCACCGCCAUUAUGCAUUAGAAAUUGCAGAGAACACACAGCCCAUCAUUGACCAUUGUAAAAUUAAAAGUUUAUCUGUUGUUGGAGCCGCUGUCUGUGUGUCUGGGCAGAAUGCAGAUCCUACACUCAAGAACUGCACCAUACGAGACUGUGAGAAUGUAGGCCUGUAUGUUACAGAUAAAGCAGAGGGCGUCUAUGAACAUAAUGAAAUCAGUGGCAAUGCCUUGGCAGGUAUCUGGGUGAAGAAUGGAGCCAACCCCAUCAUGCGAAACAAUCACAUCCAUCAUGGCCGCGAUGUUGGUGUGUUUACUUUUGAUAAUGGUCUGGGCUACUUUGACAACUGUGAUAUCCAUGACAACCGAAUUGCAGGUUUUGAGGUGAAGGCUGGUGCCAACCCAACAGUGAUUCAUUGUGUGGUCCACCAUGGGCAGACUGGAGGCAUCUAUGUCCAUGAGAGUGGCAGGGGCCAGUUCAUUGAGAACAAAAUCCAUUCAAAUAAUUUUGCUGGUGUGUGGAUAACAUCAAACAGUGAUCCAACUAUAAGAAAAAAUGAAAUCUACAAUGGCCAGCAGGGUGGUGUGUAUAUAUUUGGUGAUGGUAGAGGAUUGAUAGAACACAAUAAUAUUUAUGGAAAUGCCUUAGCUGGUAUUCAAAUCCGGACAAACAGCAACCCUAUAGUCAGACACAACAAGAUUCACCAUGGUCAGCACGGAGGCAUCUAUGUGCAUGAGAAAGGCAAAGGUUUGAUAGAAGAGAAUGAGGUCUACUCCAACACACUGGCAGGUGUCUGGAUCACCACUGGAAGUACACCAGUUCUUAGGAGGAACAGAAUUCACAGUGGCAAACAGGUUGGUGUCUAUUUCUAUGAUAAUGGCCAUGGAGUUUUGGAGGACAAUGAUAUAUUCAAUCAUCUCUACUCAGGUGUUCAGAUUAG